GCGAUCGACAAUACACAUGGCUUCCUCCACCCCCGGCCCCGUUGAAUCGUCAAUACAAUUCAAACUCACCAAUGCAUUGCAACCAUCCCAACUCACCAUCACGAACGACUCGCAUCUACAUCGGCACCACGCAGCAAUGCGUGCUCAGGGUGGAGGCAGCGGCGAAACCCAUUUCUCCGUGUAUGUCAUCUCAGAUGAGUUCAGGGGAAAGAACACCAUGCAGCGGCACCGAAUGAUCUACGCGGCACUCUCAGAGGAGCUGUCAGACGGACUGCAUGCGUUGUCCUUGAAGACAAAAACUCCGGAAGAGAAUGUUGGGCCGGUAAUUGGCUAACAAGGUUAUGUGCCAAAUAAGGCUGUGACGCAAAUCCUGGAGUGUCUGGCACAUAGAAGGCAUCACGGUGCCGCUUCGAUCGUGUUGCUAUAUUGAGGUACUUGAGCUACGAUGACAGUUAGUGGCCAGGAGACAUGUAGAGCUACGUCGUGGAGCGCGAGAGCCCAUAUAACCUAUUUUAUUCGUGCAACAGGAUGCGCACGCGUGG